AUGAGGGCGGACGUGCUGACCUGCCUCGCUCUGGCUGCAGCGAGCCUCGUGGCGAUGGUGACGGGCGGUCGCAGCUCCGGGCGCCGGAAGAACAAAGAGGUCUUCCUCGGGGAGAACAGCAAGUUCAAGUUUGGAGGCACGACGGUUCAAUCUUUGCUAAUGCUCGUGGUCGAAUCAGGAAAGAGCUCCAAACAUCCUCGGGGUCGGUUUCAGGGCGGGACGGGUCUCCUUGGUUCAGCCAUCCCUGUGGGCAUCGACGUGCAGGUGGAGAGCAUCGACAGCAUCUCAGAGGUCAACAUGGCUAAAUCACUAAGACAGCCCACACCGCCGUCUCUGGCUCUCUCACUCUCUAUCUAUCUCUAUCUGUUUGCAGGGGACAUCACUCAGAAGGGUUAUGAGAAGAAGAGGCAAAAGCUGAUCAGGGCAUUUGUUCCACAUGCUGGAGGUAUGGAAGGGCCCAUGUCCCACCGGGCCCCGCUCGGCCCUCCCUCUGCUGCCCGUUUCCACCGGCGGCGGACCUCCGGGACCCGAGACGAGCGCUACAGAUCAGACGUCCACACCGAGGCGGUGCAGGCCGUGUUGGCGCGACACGUGGAGAGGAAGGUGGCCGUGCCAAUGCCUUCAAAGAGACGCUCACUGGUGGUGCAGACCUCCAUGGAUGCUUACACGCCUCCAGGCCUGUCCCCCCUGUGCUCAGACUCCUCGUCGGGCUCAGAGGAGGAGGCGGGGCCGGGCGACGACAUGUCGGGCAUGGAGCACUGGAUGAGCCGCCCUUCCCAGAUAGGCCCCGCCCACCUGGGCUCCACCUCCUCCUCGUCCUCGUCCACGCAGAGCGGAGGCAGCGGCAACGCUGGGCGACUGGCCGACUCGCUGGCCCACGCGCACAUCUCGCACCUGGCGCACUCACACCUGGCGCACACACACCUGGGCCAGUCGCACCACCAGCAGAGCCACCUGUCCCAGUCACACCACGGCAUCGGCCACCUGUCCCUGAAGAGGAAGGGCGUUCUGAGCGUGGCGGAGAACGGAGGAUCUCUGAGGCGAUCCUGCGAGUUUGGAUCUGACAUGCUGUGGCCUCCACCGCUGGAGUCAGACGAGAACCACUCGGCCCCCCCGGACGUGACGGGAUACUCAUCGGACUCCUCUCACUCCCACACCGAGCGUCACCACAUGUCCAACAUGGGAACCAUCGCCAGGAACACGCAGAAGUACGGCAACGCGGAGCGCAUGGAGACGGGCGACGGUGUUCCAGUCAGCAGUCGUGUGUCCGCUAAAAUCCAGCAGCUCGUGAACACGCUGAAGCAGCCGCGCAGACCUCCGCUCCGGGAGUUCUUUGUCGAUGACUUUGACGAACUUCUGGAGGUCCAGCAGCCGGACCCCAACCAACCGCGACCCGAGGGUGCGGAGAUGAUGCCGGUUCGAGGCGAGGCCCUGGGCGUGGUCACCAACUGGCCCCCGUCCCUGGAGGCCGCGCUCCAACGCUGGGGGACCAUCUCCCCUAAAGCCCCCUGCCUCACCAGCCUGGACACGGCCGGGAAGCCGCUCUACGUCCUCACAUACGGGAAGCUGUGGUCUCGCAGCAUCAAGCUCGCCUACAACAUCCUCCACAAACUGGGCAGCAAGCAGGAGCCGAUGGUGCGGCCGGGUGAUCGGGUGGCGUUGGUGUUCCCUAACAACGACCCCGUGGCCUUCAUGGUGGCGUUCUACGGCUGCCUGCUGGCUGAAGUGGUCCCGGUCCCGAUAGAGGUCCCUUUAAGUCGCAAGGAUGCGGGCAGUCAGCAGAUCGGCUUCCUGCUGGGCAGCUGUGGCGUGACCGUGGCGCUGACCAGUGACGCCUGCCACAAAGGAUUGCCGAAGAGUGCAACAGGAGAGAUCCCGCAGUUCAAAGGUUGGCCCAAGCUGCUGUGGUUUGUCACCGAGUCGAAGCAUCUCUCCAAACCUCCCAGAGAUUGGUUCCCUCACAUCAAGGAUGCAAACAAUGACACCGCUUACAUAGAGUAUAAAACCUGUAAAGACGGCAGCGUGCUGGGAGUCACAGUGACCAGGAUCGCUCUGCUCACACACUGCCAGGCUCUCACCCAGUCCUGCAGCUACACUGAGGCCGAGACCAUCGUGAACGUUCUGGACUUUAAGAAGGACGUCGGGCUGUGGCACGGCAUCCUGACGAGUGUGAUGAACAUGAUGCAUGUGAUCAGCGUCCCGUACUCGCUGAUGAAGGUGAACCCGCUGUCAUGGAUCCAGAAAGUGUGCCAGUACAAAGCUAAGGUAGCGUGUGUGAAGUCCAGAGACAUGCACUGGGCUCUCGUGGCCCACAAAGACCAGAAGGACAUCAACCUGAGCUCGCUGCGCAUGCUGCUGGUGGCGGACGGAUCAAACCCCUGGUCCAUCUCCUCCUGCGACGCCUUCCUCAACGUCUUUCAGACUAAAGGCCUGAGAGCCGACGUCAUCUGUCCCUGCGCCAGCUCCCCCGAGGCCCUGACUGUGGCCAUCAGGAGGCCCGUGGAGGACAGCAGCCAGCCGCCGGGGCGAGGCGUUCUGUCCAUGCAGGGUCUGACGUACGGGGUGGUCAGGGUCGACACGGAGGAACGGCUCUCAGUGCUCACCGUGCAGGACGUGGGGACCGUCACACCCGGAGGUCUGGCAUGCGUGGUGAAACCAGAGGGCAUCCCUCAGCUCUGUCAGACUGAUGAGAUCGGCGAGCUUUGCGUCUGCUCCAUCGCCACCGGCACUUCCUACUACGGCCUCACAGGCAUGACCAAGAACACCUUUGAGGUUUACCCCGUGAGCGCCACCGGGGGGCUGGUCAGCGAGUACGCCUUCGUGCGGACCGGCCUGCUGGGCUUCAUCGGGCCCGGCGGCCUCGUCUUCAUCACCGGAAAGAUGGACGGGCUCAUCAUGGUGAGCGGGCGGAGGCACAACGCUGACGACAUCGUGGCCACAGCGCUGGCAGUGGAGCCGAUGAAGUUCGUCUACAGGGGGAGGAUAGCGGUGUUCUCCGUCACGGUGCUGAGGGACGAGAGGAUCGUGGUGGUGGCCGAGCAGAGACCUGACUCCACAGAGGAGGACAGCUUCCAGUGGAUGAGCCGCGUCCUGCAGGCCAUCGACAGCAUCCACGGGGUCGGCGUGUUCUGCCUCGCUCUGGUCCCCGCCAACACUCUGCCCAAGACUCCUCUGGGCGGCAUCCACCUGUCGGAGAUCAAGCAGCUGUACCUGGAGGGAGGGCUGCACCCCUGCAACGUCCUCAUGUGUCCACACACCUGCGUCACCAACCUGCCCAAGCCCCGGCAGAAACAACCAGAGAUUGGACCUGCCUCUGUGAUGGUGGGGAAUCUGGUGUCAGGGAAAAGGAUCGCUCAAGCCAGCGGGAGAGAUUUAGGACAGACUGAUGACAACGACCAGUUCCUGUUCCUGUCCGAAGUUUUGCAGUGGAGAGCCCAGACCACACCGGACCACGUCCUCUACACGCUGCUCAGCUCUCGGGGGGCGGUGUCUAGCUCCCUGACCUGCCUGCAGCUCCACAAGAGGGCGGAGCGAGUGGCGGCCCUUCUGAUGGAGAGAGCCGGUCUGCAGGAAGGCGACCACGUGGCUCUGGUUUACCCUCCAGGUAUCGACUUGAUCGCUGCCUUUUAUGGCUGCCUGUACGCCGGCUGUGUUCCCAUCACCGUGCGACCGCCUCACCCUCAGAAUAUCUCCACCACCCUGCCCACCGUCAAGAUGAUCGUGGAGGUCAGUCACUCGGCCUGUGUGAUGACCACGGCGGUCAUCUGUAAGCUGCUGCGCUCUAAAGAGGCCACGGCCACUGUGGAUAUCAGGAACUGGCCACCUGUCCUCGACACAGAUGACCUGCCAAAGAAGAAGCCUCCAGCUCUCUAUAAGCCCACCAACCCUGACGGUCUGGCCUAUCUGGACUUCAGCGUGUCCACGACCGGCAUGCUGGCCGGAGUUCAGAUGUCCCAUAAUGCAGUUGGGGCGUUCUGUCGGUCGGUGAAGCUGCAGUGUGAGUUGUAUCCGUCCAGAGAAGUGGCCAUCUGUCUGGAUCCGUACUGCGGCCUCGGCUUUGUUCUGUGGUGUCUCUGCAGUGUGUAUUCAGGACACCAGUCCAUCCUGAUCCCUCCGGUGGAGCUGGAGUCGAACCCAGCGCUGUGGCUGCUGGCCGUCAGCCAGCUGAGGGUGCGAGACACCUUCUGCUCGUACAGCGUCAUGGAGCUGUGCACCAAAGGACUCGGCCUGCAGACGGAGGCGCUCAAGGCUCGAGGUCUGGAUCUGUCCCGGGUCCGUGCCUGUGUCGUGGUGGCGGAGGAGCGGCCCAGGAUGUCUCUCACGCACUCCUUCUCUAAGCUCUUCAAAGACCUCGGCCUCCACCCCCGAUCCGUCAGCACGGCGUUCGGCUGCAGAGUCAACCUGGCCAUCUGCCUGCAGGGCACUUCAGGACCGGACCCGACGACCGUGUACGUGGACAUGAGAGCGCUCCGCCAUGACAGGGUUCGUCUGGUGGAGAGAGGUUCUCCUCACAGUCUGCCUCUGAUGGAGUCUGGAAAGAUCCUACCUGGAGUUCGGAUCAUCAUCGCAAACCCAGAGACCAAAGGACCUCUGGGAGACUCUCACCUGGGAGAGAUCUGGGUGCACAGCGCUCAUAACGGCAGCGGGUACUACAGCGGGUACGGCGAGGAGGUCCUUCAGUCCGAUCACUUCAACUCCAGACUCAGUUUCGGAGACACUCAGACCAGCUGGGCCAGGACGGGAUACCUGGGCUUCCUCCGCCGCACCGAGCUCACCGACGCCAACGGAGAGCGACACGACGCUCUGUUCGUGGUCGGCGCUCUGGAGGAAGCCAUGGAGCUGAGGGGAAUGAGGUACCAUCCCAUCGACAUCGAGACCUCCGUCAUCCGCGCGCACAAGAGCAUCAUGGAGUGUGCCGUCUUCCCCUGGACCAACCUCCUGGUGGUGGUGGUGGAGCUGGAGGGCUCUGAGCAGGAAGCCCUGGACCUGGUUCCGAUGGUGACCAAGGCGGUCCUGGAGGAGCACUACCUGAUCGUGGGCGUGGUCGUGGUGACGGACAUCGGCGUAAUCCCCAUCAACUCCCGCGGCGAGAAACAGCGCAUGCACCUCCGCGACGGCUUCCUACAAGACCAGCUAGACCCCAUCUACGUGGCCUACAACAUGUAGCCUGAGUGUGCGUGUGCGUCCGUGUGUGUGUGUGUGUGUGUGUUAAAAACAGAGGGAGAGCUAGCAUGCGUGUGUAUGCCGUGCAUAUCGCCGUUGUUGUUCCUUUAUUUCCCCGGAUCAAGAUGUACUGUAUUUUUGAACCUGCGUACGGUGUGGUCUUCAGUCGUCUGUUUUCUUUAAGUCGUGUCGUGCCGGUCGGAUGAUUGAUGAUUGAUUGGCUUAUUGGUUGAUUGCUCAGUGGUGUUAUGAUCAUUUUUACACCCCGUUCAAUCUCGUGACCGUCACCGGGAGCUCGUCACUGUAGAAAGCCUUAGGGGGAACACUGUGUGCGGGGGCGACGGCUCCGGUCGUCACCCCGUGUCGCUUCUUUUAGGAGGUUAAGAGUAGAGCGAGAAAAAAAUCUCUUCUGUGUCACGUUUGAACCGGUCGAAUCUAAAAAUCCAGAUCUGUGGUUUUUCUUCAAUUAGAACAGGGGCAGCCAGAUACCUGUAAAAAUAUAAAUAUUGUACAUAGACAUAAUAAUCUAUAUGGAGAGGAACCUAAAACACAAAGAGGUGUAGUAGCCCCUAUAUGCAGCUCUCUCCACCUGCACCCUGUACGUGUGUAUGUGUGUACGUGUGUGUGUUUGCAGAGUGUGUGUCUCUGUCUGUAUUAAAGUGCGACAGGGACGUUUUUACAUAGUUUUAAUGUGAUUCACUGAGCAGAUUUUAUCCUGAGAAGAACAAAUAAGAAACUUUUAUGGAGACUUUAAAACACUUUAACGGUUUAACAUUUUUAAACUGCAGAAGAAGAAAAAAAAAAUCACACUGAAACUUCCAAAAAAAAAAAAAAAAAGAGAGAAAGUGUUUUAGUGUCCAAAGUCUAACGGACGUUCUGCAGGAUGGGUGAGGUGCAUCUAUUUUCACGGAGGAAGCGUAGUCACAAACUUUAACAAGCUGAAUGAGUUCUUAAAACAUUUAAGGGGGAAGCAGGACCAGGACUAGACUCCUGAUCCUGCCUCGGUUGAGUCUUUGUGAACCUGGUGGUUCACUUUUAUGCACAAGUAGAGUCGGAGUCGUGUUUAUGCCACAGACUGUGUAUAAAAAGCCCACUUAGCCGCGCUAGCAUCAUCUGUUGAUGGUGAAUCACUGUUUUUUUAAUCCACCAGGAGCUGGAAGUGACCAUAUUUGGAAGAGAGGGCAGAGCGCUAAAUGCAAUCACUUAGAAACACUGAUACACGCAAUCUUCAGUCAUCAUGGUAGCGUAAUCUCCAAGAUGUGUGAGGAAGACUUAAAACUUGAUGUUUAGACCACAAACUCGCCCAGAAAAUGCUAACUGAGGGACUUAAUCAAGUGAAAAGAUGGCAGACUUCUAAAUAAUCAGACUCCCUUCUGCAACCCUUCCAGUCUCCCCCUGCUGGGCAUUAGUAAGAAUGUAUCCAUCCUGCCCUCACUCUUAAUGUGUGUUCAGAUUAAACACAUUUAAUAUUACGAAACAUGAAAUCACAUAUAAACAUGGGGGUAAACCAUAGUGCAGCCUCUGUGCAUUAACAGUGAAACUGAGACCCACUGGUAACAGAUGAGUGAGCUUCUUCUACUAAAACAGAGCUAUCCUAGUUUGUCCAUCAUGACUCGAUCAUAAAAAAAGCUUGUGUACACAUCCAAACCACCAUGAUAAGCCAGAGUGCAGGAAGUGUAUUAACAGUGAAACUGAGACCCACUGGCAACAGAUGAAUGAGAACUUCUCUACUAAAACAGAAUUCUGGUUGUUGUUCCAUCAUCACUUAGUCAAAAGAAAAUCUGGUUGUGUUUGUGCAACAUAUAACAUUUUAACUGUGUAUUAACAGUGAAACUGAGACCCACUUGUAACAAAUUAAUGGACACUCUGAUAGUCAGUCCAUCAUCACUUGAUCAAAACAAAGCAUGGUUUUGUGUACACAAACCACUGUAGUUAGCCAGUGUUCUGCCUCUGUAUAUUAACAGUGAAACUGAGACCCACUAGCAGAAGAUGAACAAGCUUCACUCUACUGAAACAGAGCUCUGAAAGUCUGCCCAUCAUCUCUUGAUCAAAACAAACCACUGUUAUUAGCCUACGUUCUGCCUCUUUAUUUUUACAGUGAAACUGAGACCCACUGGCAACAGAUAAAAGGGCACUGCUCUCCUAAAGCUCUCAUAUAUUGUCCGUCAACACUUCAGUAGAAAAACAGGAAAAUCUGGUCUGCACAAUCACACCACUGAAGUUAGCCUGAGUGCAGCAAGUGCAUUAACAGUGAAACUGAGACCCACCGACAAAAGAGAAAAAAGGGAACUGCUAACAUAUAUUGUCUAUCAUCACUUCAGCAAAGAAGAACAUCUGGUCUGCACAAUCACACCACUGAAGUCAGCCAGAGUGCAGCAAGUGCAUUAACAGUGAAACUGAGACCCACUGGCAACAAAUGAAUGGGAACUUCUCUACGAAAAUUGAAUUCUGGUUGUUGUUCCAUCAUCCCUUAAUCAAAACAAAGCAGGGUUUUGUGCAUUCAAACUACUAGUAAGCUUGUGUGCAUCCUCUGUUUAUUAACAGUGAAGCUGAGACCCACUGGCAGAUGAUGAACAGGCUUUUCUCUACUAAAACAGAUCUCUAAUAGUAGGCCCCCUCAUCACUUAAUGAAAACAAAGCAGGGUUUUGUGCAUUCAAACUACUGUUAUUUGCCAGUAUUCUGCCUUUGUAUAUUAACAGUGAAACUGAGACCCACCGACAAAAGAGAAAAAAGGGAACUGCUAACAUAUAUUGUCCAUCAUCACUUCAGCAGUAGAAGAAAAUCUGGUUUGCACAAUCACACCACUGAAGUCAGCCAGAGUGCAGCAAGUGUAUUAACAGUGAAACUGAGACCCACUGACAACAGAUGAAUGAGAAAUGGUCUACUAAAUAGAGCUUUGAUUGGUCCAUUACCAGAACAUGACAGCCUCUGUUUUGACGAUGUUUCUGAGACUGGACGGCUUGGUCCCCUCUUUAUACGCAGUCUGUGGUCGAUGCAGAUUAAGAUAUGUUAAAGUUUCAGGGUUAAAAAACGGCCCUCUGUAAAAAAAAUACAAACUAAAAGAAGACAUAAGUGCAAUGUUUAUGGAUUAAGUAGAGGAGUGCAGAGAAACUUUAACAAACACACGAGUUAUCAUGUUUCUUUGUACGAAUCUUUACGUUGUUUUCUUAAAUUCACUCCCAAAGCAUCUCAUGGAGCAAAGUGCACUGUGUGAAUAACAGAGAAUAUCGUGAUUUAAAGGGACUUUAUGAGGAAAUCAAAGGGAGGGGAAGACCGAGCAGCCUGAAGGUGUCGUUUGCAUUUACUUAGAGUGGAGAAAGAAGGAUAGAGAGACGAUAAAACACCCGUCACACUGUUUGAGUUCAUGUUUUUAUAACUGCAGCCGCUUACAGAGGCUGUUUGGAAGAAGAAGGGAACGCAAGAAAAGUUUACACGAAAAGCUGAUUGUAGCAUCCGGCCCAUGAGGACUUUCUUCACUGCAGCAUUCAGGAACUUUUUAUUCAAUUUAAAGAACAUUUAAAAAAACAUCCUGCAGAUCUACAACCCAGAAAAGCUGCAGGAUUCUGUCCCAGAGAUUAUUUACAAAGCAUGUUGUUAAAGGAAGAAGUUUAAGGAAUGAUAAUGAUAAUCAGUCUCAGUGCAUUUGUGUUCUUUAUUCAUGCACUGCUGCCUUCAUGGAGAAAUCUAAACCCCUGAAGGAUCAAACAUUCGUCCCUUACGUCUCUAAAUACUUCACUUUGCUUUAUUUAAUCUGUCACAGGAGAAAAAGUCCUCUUAAAACCUUUAAAGAACAUUCACUCUGAGUUAUUAUAGCAUGAAUCCUCAGUGAAGAACAUCCUCUGGGCUCGCUGGUUACCCGCUGAUGUGCUCGGCCUCGAGAGUAUAGAGAGAAUACGAAGGAUUAAAGAUGAUAUUUAAAGUAAUCCCUGAGAGCAGGUGUAGUAAUCCUGAAAUGAUGGGACUUCUACUUCCUGUGCGAAGGCGUUUGUUUACAUCCCUGAUGACAUCAUCUCAUCGUUCUUCUUCUUUGGUUCUUUUUCCCGUCUCAUCGUCUCUCGUCGAGUUUUUAUCAGAAGAAAAGAAAACUUUAUGCAUAUCAGACGUUUGCUUAGCGCUUGUUUGGCUAACAGCAGUUUGGGUUUGUGGGUAGCAGUGUAGCGGUCAUGUUUCAGUCCCUGCGUGUGUGAGUGUGUGUGUGUGUGUGUGUGUGUGUGUGUGUGUGUGUGUGAGGUGGAGGAUGUUCGAUAAGAAGGAAAAUCCCAUCUGAAGGCCGGAGGACUCGUCUGUGUGUUCAGUGCUGGAUGGGGGAAGGCUGCAUGGUGUGUGUGUGUGUGAGUGUGUGUGUGUAUGUUAGGUGUGCGUGUGUGUGUGUGCGUGUAUAUUGUUUGUAAAUAGUGUUGAUUUUGUACGGUACAAGUGUGUGUGACUUGUUUUGUACACAUGAUAAAAAGAUUAAAUGACACUUUUAUAAGAGCCUGCUAUUGGCUCACCGUCACACUAUACAGUGCAAUAAAGUGCUUUGAUUGGCUAAAA